CACAACCCACCUCGCUGCUUUUCGCAGCCGUUACACAUACGAACAUCUUAUUAUGUCUCAGAAAACUCCUAAACUUGUUCUAAAACUUACAUAACAAAUAGCGUCGAAUGUGAGCUAAAUACAUUAUGCUAAGAAACUGUGCGAACGCGACUAUUCUAACUUCAGACACAGAUUGGAUAAAUGACUGCUUUGGUCAUUGAAAAUGUAAUUAUUUUUAUUUCAGAAUUUCCAUAUGAGCAUUAAAUUGAAUGAUAAGGAGUCAGCUAAAACAUUCAACAUUUUCUUAGCUGUACAGAAGAAUAUGUACGUAAUAUUGAAUUUGUGGUUACUUGUCAUUGUUUUUAGUAUAGCCGAAGCCCAGGAUUAUGGCGCCGUCAAGCCACUUAAAUUUCGCAUGAAUCCGGCACCAGAUGGUCACAGGUGCGGCGUCUGUCCCACGUACUUCCAAAAGAUCUGCGCCUUCGACUUUACAUCGAACUCCACGUUCAUAUUCGACAAUCACUGCGUGAUGGACUUGUACAACUGCAUGGAACGCACCGCAUUUUUCCCGAUGAAAUACGAAAAGUGUUUGUUUUUCGGCAACUUUGCUUACGUGCACGGAUUUAAACAUGAAGAUAUCGACUACGGAGAGGACCACGUUGUAGUCAAACAGUCAAAGAAAACCCCAGAUUUCAUAUAAUCAACUAUUGUAUUGUAUUUUUUGGUGAUAUUAAAAAUGAUUUUAAACAUA